GGAGAAGUGGCCGCCGCUUCCGGACGUCCCGCGGACCGAGUGCCUGCCGCGGACAUCAUGUCUAGGGCCGAGUCACCCAAGACUGAGACAGCGUGGGCUGAGGCAGACACCCACAUCCACACCCACGAGACAGAGGAUGAGCUGAUGCCACAGGUGGACGCCCACGUCCACGCCCACCCCCACGCCCACCCCCACAUCCACACCCACCCCUACCCCCACGCCCACGCCCACGCCCACGUCCAUGCCCACGCCCACUUACCAGAGGAGGAGCUGGUACCACAGAUGCACGCCCACACCCACACCCACGUGACGGAGGAGGAGCCAGUCCUGCAGGCGGACGCCAGCACCCAGGGGAUGGAGGAGCCGGGACCCCAGCCUGGCGUGGUGGACCGCGUGGCCGCCAUGCCGCUCAUCAGCUCCACCUGCAACAUGGUGUCCGCCGCCUACACCUCCACCAAGGAGAGCCACCCCAACGUCAAGGCCGUGUGCGACAUGGCGGAGAAAGGCAUCAGGACGUUCACGGAGGCUGCGGUCAGCGGGGCCCAACCCAUCCUGUCCAAGCUGGAGCCCCAGAUCACCUCGGCCAGCGAGUAUGCCCACCGGGGCCUAGACCGCUUGCAGACAGUGCCUAUCCUGCAGCAGACCUCAGACAAGGUCCUGGCUGACACCAAGGACCUGGUGUCAACCAAGAUGACGGAGGCCAGAGAGAUGUUCUCCAACACCGUGUCCAGCGCCAAAGACACCGUGGCCACGAGCGUGACCGAGGCAGUAGACUUGACAAUGUCCAUGCUCAGCAUGGGCAUGAACUCAGUCAUGGGCACCCGCAUGGGUCAGAUGGUGACCAGUAGGGUGGACACCAUGCUGGGCAAGUCAGAAGACUGGGUGGACAACCACCUGCCCCUGACGGAUGAGGAGCUGGCCCGCCUGGCCGCGUCGGUGGAGGGCUGCGACCCGGCCUCGGUGCAGCAGCAGCGGCGGGAGCAGAGCUACUUCGUGCGCCUGGGCUCGCUGUCGGAGCGGCUGCGGCAGCGCGCCUGCGCACACGCGCUGGGGCGGCUGCGGGGCGCCGGGCAGGGCGCGCAGGACGCGCUGCAGCAGCUGGCGCAUGCGCUCAGCCUGAUCGAAAGCGCAAAGCAAAGUGUGGAUCAGAAGCUGGGGGAGGGGCAGGAGAAACUGAGCCAGAUGUGGAUGAACUGGAAGAACAUGAAGACCCCGAACAAGAAGAACAGUGAGAGGGACCCGGACCCCGCAGAGCCAGAGCAGGUGGAGUCACAGGCGCUGAGCAUGGUCCGAGACCUCACCGGGCAGCUGCAGGGUGCGUGCGCGGCCCUGGGCGCCAGCCUGCAGGGGCUGCCGGCCCAGGUGAAGGACCAGGCCCAGCAGGCCCGCCGCCACGCCGAGGCCCUCCAUGCCACCUUCGCCCACGUCCGGUCCUUCCAGGACCUGUCCAGCAGCGUCCUCGCCCAGAGCCGCGAGCGCGUGGCCGAGGCCCGGGAGGCCCUGGCGCACACGGUGGAGUCUGUGGCCCAGAACCCACCCCUCAUGUGGCUGGUGGGCCCUUUCUCCCCGGGGAUCACCGAGAAAGCCCCGGAAACCAAGAAGUAGGGUGGGAGGAAGGGCCAAAAAAGUGGGGGGAGGCUGCGUCCCCCCUGGAGUUAAGGAGGAGUCUUUCAACGAAGUGGUUCUCCAACUGACGACCACUCACCUCUGCGCUGGGCAGGCGCAUUCCGUGAGCCUCACCUCAUCAGGCCAAGUUCCCGGCAAGGAAAAAACACAUUUCCCCCCCAGAAGCUUCCAAACCCUUUUCUUUCUUCUAAAUGUUGACGAUGUUGUUCUUAUUACGCCCUGCUUCCUUUCCUAUCUCAAGCUUCUGUGCAAAUGGAUUUAGGUCCAAGAAGCUGGCCUCGGGCCUCUGGGACGAGCCGGCCAGCCUCGCUCUGUUCAGUGUUUGGUGAUGCCUUAAUAAACGUUUCCCUGCAGCUCA